AUGAAGAAUGUACUGACUCAUAUGACGACCUGCGAAGAGGGCAAAGAGUGUACAAUACCACAUUGCAGUUCAUCCAGACAGAUCAUCACUCAUUGGAAACAGUGUCAAAAGAGCGAUUGUCCUGUUUGCUUACUACUCAAACAAGCGGACAAAAACAAGACUGCUAAUUCUCGUGCUGCUGUGGUAACAAACCAGCCAAAUAGCCAACCAAAUCCAAAUCCCGACAUAAGAAAACCUUUUGAAACUGUGGGUAUGAUACAGUGUCAAAAAACGGCACCUGGUAUUUUAUCUAACCAGGCAGUAGGUCGUGGUGUGAGAAUGUCUGGCCUGGGUAUACCUGGUCCUCCUGGUUCGAUGGCUGCAGGAAUAAGACUUGCACAACCUCAAGCUCAGCAAAGUCCAGGUCAAUCGGUAGUUAAUCAAGUGCAAUCCGUCGCACCAAAUGUAUCUCUUCCAUUAAGUUCCGAUCCAAUGACUGUAGCCGUAAGUACUAACCAAUCAGCUUCAACGACGGGUCCAACGUCUGCCGUGGCAGUAGCGGCGACUGCCAAUCUUCAACAGCAGCAGCAAACUGUUAAUAUGCAUGCACUAUUUAGUCCUAAUGAUUCAGGUCAGCCUAAUUUAUCAAAUGAAAAUAGAUUGACAAAUUUACAAUUACCUGGUGGUCUUCAACCGGGUCAAGUAACAGCUACUCCAGUACAAGGAACAAAAGAAUGGCAUCAAUCAGUAACGCCAGAUCUCAGAAAUCAUCUUGUUCAUCAAUUAGUUCAAGUAAUAUUUCCAGCUCCAGAUCCACAAGCAAUGCUCGAUAAAAGAUUUCAUAAUUUAGUGGCGUAUGCGAGAAAAGUUGAAGGUGAUAUGUAUGAAAUGGCUAAUUCACGAUCCGAGUAUUAUCAUUUAUUGGCGGAAAAAAUUUAUAAAAUUCAAAAAGAGCUAGAAGAAAAACGUCAAAAGCGUAAAGAAAUGCAAUUAGCUCAGCAGCAACAACUACAGCCUCAAGCACAGGUUGCUGCUGCUCCUGGAUUACGAGCUAUUGCUCCCCCAUCAGGUGUUCCAGCUGCUGUACCUCAACAACAGCAUACUAUACAGCAGCAAAGCAAUCAACAACAGUUCAAAAAUACUCAACCAUUGUCUGCUACAACACCAGUUGAUAAUGGAAUCUCUGUAAAUACACCUCAAACGAUAGCGCCUUCAUCAUCAGUGGAAUCAUCAUCUAGUGGAACCUCAGAUAGAUAG